GAGGCGGCAGCCAACCUUGGCGCUGAAUGGGCGGGUGGCGUCCUGCUCUGUCCCGCCCGCCGCCGGCCCCCCAUCGCCUGCUCCCGCCGCGCCCGGGUCUCCGCCCGCAGCCGCCUGAGCCCGCCAGGCUGUGAAUGAAAGGCAGGCGCGGCCGGGACUAGCUGCCAGCGACGCGGCGACGCCGGCCUCCCGGGAGACGCACUCCCCGCCGAGAUGUACGGUGUGUGUGGCUGCUGUGGCGCUCUUCGUCCCAGGUACAAGAGGCUGGUGGACAAUAUCUUCCCUGAAGAUCCUGAGGAUGGUCUGGUGAAAACCAACAUGGAGAAACUGACCUUCUAUGCCCUCUCGGCUCCAGAAAAGCUGGAUCGAAUUGGUGCCUACCUCUCAGAGAGGCUCAUCCGAGAUGUGGGUCGCCAUCGAUAUGGGUAUGUCUGUAUCGCCAUGGAGGCGCUGGACCAGCUGCUCAUGGCCUGCCACUGCCAGAGCAUCAACCUCUUCGUGGAAAGCUUCCUUAAAAUGGUGGCCAAGCUGCUGGAGUCGGAGAAGCCGAACCUGCAGAUCCUCGGCACCAACUCGUUUGUGAAGUUCGCCAACAUUGAGGAGGACACCCCCUCCUAUCAUCGAAGCUAUGACUUCUUUGUGUCCCGAUUCAGUGAAAUGUGCCACUCAAGCCACGAUGACUUGGAAAUCAAGACUAAAAUCCGGAUGUCAGGCAUCAAAGGCCUGCAGGGGGUAGUGAGGAAGACCGUGAAUGAUGAGCUGCAGGCCAACAUCUGGGACCCACAGCACAUGGACAAGAUCGUCCCGUCGCUGCUCUUCAAUCUGCAGCACGUGGAGGAGGCAGAGAGCCGGUCUCCCUCACCCCUCCAAGCACCAGAGAAGGAAAAGGAGAACCCGGCAGAGCUGGCUGAGAGGUGCCUGAGAGAGCUGCUGGGCCGGGCAGCCUUCGGCAAUAUCAAGAACGCUAUCAAGCCUGUCCUUAUCCACCUGGAUAACCAUUCUCUUUGGGAGCCCAAGGUGUUUGCCACCCGUUGCUUUAAAAUCAUCAUGUACUCAAUUCAGCCGCAGCACUCCCACCUGGUUAUCCAGCAGCUCCUGAGCCACCUGGACGCCAACAGCCGCAGCGCGGCGACAGUGCGCGCCGGCAUCGUGGAAGUCCUAUCGGAAGCUGCAGUUAUCGCUGCCACCGGCUCUGUCGGGCCCACGGUACUGGAGAUGUUCAACACCCUGCUGCGGCAGCUGCGACUCAGCAUCGACUACGCGCUAACCGGGAGCUACGACGGCGCUGUGAGCCUGGGCACCAAGAUCAUCAAGGAGCAUGAGGAGCGCAUGUUCCAGGAGGCAGUCAUCAAAACCAUCGGCUCCUUUGCCAGCACACUGCCGACCUACCAGCGCUCAGAGGUGAUCCUCUUCAUCAUGAGCAAAGUCCCGCUGCCUUCCCUGCAUCACCCCGUAGAGACCGGACGGACAGGGGAGAACAGGAACCGGCUGACCCAGAUCAUGUUGCUGAAGUCCCUCCUUCAGGUAUCCACGGGUUUCCAGUGCAACAACAUGAUGUCAGCCCUGCCCAGCAACUUCCUGGACCGCCUUCUCUCCACUGCCCUCAUGGAGGAUGCAGAAAUCCGCCUCUUCGUCCUAGAGAUCCUCAUCAGUUUCAUUGAUCGUCAUGGCAACCGCCACAAAUUCUCUACCAUCAGCACCCUUGGUGACAUCUCAGUCCUGAAGCUGAAAGUGGACAAGUGCUCCCGGCAGGACACUGUCUUCAUGAAGAAGCACUCCCAGCAGCUAUACAGACACAUCUACCUGAGCUGUAAGGAGGAGACAAACAUCCAGAAGCACUACGAGGCCCUCUACGGCUUGCUGGCCCUCAUCAGCAUUGAGCUGGCCAAUGAGGAGGUAGUGGUGGACCUCAUCCGACUGGUGCUGGCUGUUCAGGACGUGGCCCAGGUCAACGAAGAGAAUCUGCCUGCCUAUAACCGCUGUGCUCUCUACGCUCUGGGUGCAGCCUACCUGAACCUCAUCAGCCAGCUCACAACAGUGCCUGCCUUCUGUCAGCACAUCCACGAGGUAAUAGAGACCAGGAAGAAAGAGGCACCAUACAUGCUUCCUGAGGAUGUGUUUGUGGAAAAGCCGAGGCUGGCUCAGAAUCUGGACGGUGUGGUGAUCGAGUUUCUCUUCCGCCAGAGCAAAAUCAGCGAAGUCCUGGGAGGCAGUGGCUACAAUGCGGACAGGCUCUGCCUGCCCUACAUCCCUCAGCUGACAGAUGAAGAUCGCUUGUCCAAGAGGAAGAGCAUUGGAGAAACCAUUUCCCUUCAGGUAGAGGUGGAGUCCAGGAACAGCCCAGAGAAAGAGGAGCGAGUUCCUGCGGAAGAGAUCACCUAUGAGACACUGAAGAAGGCCAUUGUGGACAGUGUGGCAGUUGAGGAACAGGAGCGUGAGCGACGGCGACAGGUGGUAGAGAAAUUCCAGAAGGCACCCUUUGAGGAGAUUGCAGCCCACUGUGGGGCCCGGGCCUCCUUACUGCAGAGCAAACUCAACCAGAUCUUUGAAAUCACCAUCCGGCCCCCUCCAAGCCCUUCGGGAACCAUCAGUGCAGCGUACGGCCAGCCGCAGAACCACUCCAUUCCCGUCUAUGAGAUGAAGUUUCCCGACCUGUGCGUAUACUGAAUUCCAAGAGACAGAACCCCUUAGAGGACACAGUCUGCAGGAGGACCGUCCCCUGCUCACUCUCACCGUGUGGAAAUCUAGCUGGGAUAGCUAAGAACUCGACACCCUGGAAAAUGAGCAAAGGUGGAGCCUCUGGUCCUCUGUGGCCCUCCUGCCUCCUCCUCGUCUUCUGUGAGGAGGAUCCAGCCACCGGCCCUCUGGGCUAACAAGCAUCUCACCUGUUUUCUCUUGUAUCAGCCAGGGACAGAGAAACACGAGGGUGUCUCCUGAGAAGCAGAAGGGCCUGGGAAGCCUCCAUUGGGGAUGUGUCUUUGAGGGAGUGUCAGCCACUCCCAAAGAAAGGAGCCUGAUAUCAGCAUGGUUGAUCUGAGGAAAGCGUAGAUGGCACUCGGGGAAACUGAGGCAAUCCUCCCAUCCCCCACUCCCCACAUGAAGAAGUGACGGUGUGAGGGAGAGAGCUCGGAGGGGAUGUCUGCUCUCACCUCUUAAGUCUUGAGGGGGUCUUACCCAGCGUCCCAUUUCCUCUCUAGUGUCUGUGUUUCCUUUUCUACUAUUAAUGAGUGCUGAGAGCUCACUGCGGGAGCUGGGGCCAGAGACCCUGGAGGCAGCAUGGCUACCAGAAGAGCAACAGGCUGGGGAUGGAGAGGGGCUGGGUCUCCCAGACAGGGUGGCAACAUCAGUGAAGCACAAGUGUGGCAAGUCUGUGUCCUGGCUGCAUAGCAUCUCCUCACGUUCUCUGUCCGAGGAAGCCUGUGGUGGAUCUUCUCUGGUUCUCUCUCUUCUGGAUGUUUCCUGAGUGGUUAAGUUUGGUCCCUGAUGUCGUUGUUUCCACAGCCUCUGGGAUGAGUGAAAGCUGAGCAAACUCGCUGGUUCUAGACGGCUGAAGAGAAGGAGGAAGCGCCAGGGUCCUGCGGCCUGUCCAUGUCACUUCCCACGGAAGAUGCUCUCAGUGGUAGUUAGGGGUUGGGAGAGAGGCAGUUAAGCAAGUGGCACUUUAGAAAGAUUUAACAGCUAGGAUUGAAACAAUAUUUUCCCCUCUCUGGGCAAAGUCUGAGACACUGGGGACAAUUAGCCUUGCUCGUAGCUGAGGUAGAGGUGGUAGGAAUCACUUCGUCUUCCAUUUUCUCUGUGGGCCACGUACCUGUCCCCAUGUGACUCGUGUGUGCUGGGCGCAGCCGACCCAGGACUGAGCGGGUACAAAAAUGUCUAUUUGCUGUCCCCUUUGUUUGACCAUUUCCUGAUGCCCCUCUUGGUGUCCCUCUGCCUCCCAGAAUGCCUAGCAGUGGGAGUACUCCAUGGUCCAGGAUAGUCCUUUCUUUCCCUUCAAACUUCCCAAAAGUGUUCUGAGCUGCUUUUCUCUCAGGACCAACACUGCUCCAGAGAUUUAACUUCUUAGAAAAGGGGGGGGGUGUGUUUCUGUUGACCUGCAGGAGCCAUUUCCAGGGUAUGGUUUUAGGUAGUGUGGCCUAGGGUCAUAAAGGAGCUGUUUCUGCUCAGGAGAGUUAGGCUUCUCAGGACCCUGCAGGGUGAGAGCCUGCUUGCUAGGACAGAGGGAACAUUUUCCAGAAUUAGGAGAACUGGAGCACGUGUACUUUCCAUUGCUUGUGUGGUAAAUGUCACAGACGGGGCCCGCCUGAGCCUUUCCCACGGUCCCUGCACUGAGCUAUGGGUGCAUGGCCUGCAUGGACCACACCCCAACACCACCCACAUGGCUUUGGGGCUGUGUGGCUGCUGCUCAACCCAACUUUAUAAGCAAGGCCUUAGGUUUUUCCCUAAUACCUUUUCACUAAGAAGGCAACUUUAGGCACGAAGGCAAGUUACCUUUUAGAGACUAAAGGAAUCUGAGCCUUGCGCUUAAAAACUGU